AUGUGUGUGAUGCAAUAUGGACCUAUACACACUUCCCAUCUGAUGUCGGGCUACAGGAACUUCAUUGAUUCUCUCCACCAUUUUAGAAUUAGAGGCGAUGAAACUUUCCUGUGUGGGUUCCCUAAUAGAACCUAUGAUCAUUUGCUGAUGGAAUGCCCGCUUGCGAACCAGGAAAGAGAAAAACUCAAACUCGAAGUGGGAGCGGCAGGUGCAGAAUGGCCGUGCGACGUAGACUUCAUGACAAAACCGAGGUCGUAUUCUAGGCCGCUAAGUGUAUUUGCUCACAACACAUUUGGACCCUCUGAUGAAGGGUUACCUCGUAAGACGCUAUUGGUGAUAUAA